GGAAGGGGGACUAACGUCGCUCACGUGACCCGCGCUCCCAUAAUGCAGCGCGGCUUGGGAAGAUGGCGUCCAUGCAGAAGAGGUUACAGAAAGAGCUGAUGGCCCUCCAGAAAGAUCCGCCCCCUGGAAUGAAGGUUGAUGAGAAGAGUAUUCAGUCCUCCCUGACACAGUGGAUUGUUGACAUGGAGGGAGCAUCUGGCACUCUGUAUGAAGGAGAGAAAUUUCAACUUCUCUUUAAAUUCAGCAGUCGCUACCCAUUUGACUCACCACAGGUCGUCUUCAUCGGCGAGAACAUCCCCGUGCAUCCCCACGUGUACAGCAACGGCCACAUCUGCCUGUCCAUCCUCACAGAGGAUUGGUCCCCGGCGCUCUCCGUUCAGUCCGUCUGCCUUAGCAUCAUCAGCAUGCUGUCCAGCUCCAAGGAGAAGAAACGGCCUCCAGACAAUGCACUUUACGUCAGAACGUGUGACAAGAACCCAAAGAAAACGAAAUGGUGGUAUCACGACGACAGCUGCUGACAAAGGGGACCGACUGACAAAUGAACGAGGUGGAAGGAGGAAGAGGGGAACGAGAGAGAGCGAGAGAGAACGGAAUAUGAACCAAGUAAAGCAGAACCUCCAAAGCACUUUGAACAUUCUGAGUGAUUGCGAGGAAGCCUGACCCCAGCGUUGAUUUGCGUGAGUGUGACGGUGUCGCCACACACUAAUCCUGCGCUGCUCGGAGGGACAGCGGUACAAGCUCUCACUGACUUGCGUGGGGGGGGGCGGGUGCAGACUAGAGGUGGUGGGGAAGAGCAGGGCAAUUCUUCCCCGCUCCCAAAAAACAAACACAAAAACAACGAGUACAAGUACAAUUUAUUUUUUAUUGGUGAAACCUCAAAUUGGGCUGCAGGUGUAUUUUGAAUGUAGCUUUCUGUUAAAGGCAUCGGAGCUUUCCUUGCCAGUCCAGUGUCUCAUUUGCAUCUGUGGGAUUCUUUUUUGGACGACUGCACUGUUAUUUAUCUGGUCCCCUUGUAAACGAUGUUUAUUUUUUAUGGUAGUGUUGCCCGUGUUAGAUAUCAAUAUUGGAUAGGUUUACCUCCCCCUGUGGCCCAACAUGUUUCUUUGUUGUUGUAGAUGUUUAUAUCUACACUUUGUCAGUGCAAUAAAUGGAAUCAAAUCAUGCAUUUUGUCUAAAUAAAGAGUGUAUACAGUGGUAGUUUUGCGACUGAUUUUCUAAACAUAACUAUUCCAUCGAUUGCCAGUGUAUUAAAUGUACAUUGUUGCAGGCAAUGCAAAUGGCGAUACAGGCGAACUGUAUAUAUGUUCCUGUCCUUGGUGGAAUAUAAUGUUAAUGUGAGUCCUGUUCUCUUAAUGUUCAGUCUGAAGUGAUUUAAAGAAUUUGGACUUGCUUUAAAUCUCUUGUGCUGUGAGUGAGGAGGGAUUAUUUUAUUAUUUGCUCUGUAUUGUAACAUUAAAUAUACACGUGUUGGUAUACUACAUUUUGAAUGUGCUGUCAUGGUCAAUAAAAUGUUAAUGCCCACAUAUAAAAGCUACUUGAAACACAUUUCAAUUUUCCACAAGACACCAUGCUGGAGAGGUAACAUCCAAAGUAGAUUUGGCACAAUCGACCUAUGCGCUACAGUUAAGACCAGAACUACAUUGUUACUAUAAAAAUGGGCCCCAAAAUCGAUAGUCUGAAUGCCCUUUUAAGAUUGCAAUGUUCCCCACCUGAAAGCUCCAUGGAUGUGUACUUUUGUUGUACAUUAAGUAAAUGUGUCUAUGUACAUUACGCUGUACACUGCUUCAGUGUUCUGUGGUCAUGUAUGCAGUGUAUGGGAGGUUUUUUUCUGACCAUCGGUUACAUUUGAUCGGUGAAAUUCCCGUCGCUUUGUGCAAAAUUGCGAAUCUUGGGACGGGCAACGGCUGAACAACGACUGAACCCGCAACGGUGGUCACAUGCAAUCGGUGAGGGGGAGGGGUACAAUCACAACUAUCUCAACACUUGUGAUGUGUACCUUGCUCAACACGAACGCGUGGACUGUGUUGUGGCCUUGGUGGCCUUGGUGGGGUCGGGCUUGUUGGUGUUUACCACUCGUCGUGAAUUGCAUGUGCGUGUCGUCACACUAGCCGCAUUGUGUGGAAACUUUGAUUUGGAGGUAACGGCAGGGGGGCAAGCGCGACCCUGCUGUUCUUUUCGGUUGGAGCGUUGAGGAUGUAAGACUUGGAACACAGCCUUAUACUGAUUCUAAAAAUUUGUGUAUACUGUAUGAGUAAUUGAGCAUUUUCACGAGAUGUAAUAUUUUAAAAGCAGUAAAAAAAAAAACCUGGCCUAUCCUUUUUUGUGUGUGCGAGAGGAGAAAAUAAAAGAUUUUUUUUUCCAA